AUGAACAGGGCAAGAGCUAGUGGAGUGUAUACCCUACCAGAGGGUUUAGAUGUCCAAGCAAAGUUAACAACCGUUAUGAGAAGGUUGGAUGAUUUGGAAGCCAAGGGAGUUCAAGAGGUACAAAUAGUCAAUGAUGGGGUAACUCAAUUGUGCUUGAUAUGUAAGUCUACAGAACAUGGUGUACAAUCUUGUCCCACUCUACCUGCAGUGCAAGAUAUGUUUACGGAGCAAGCCAAUGCCUUAGGGACAUACAAGCAAUAUUCUAGCAAUUCUCCAUAUUCCAACACUUAUAAUCCGGGUUGGAGGAAUCAUCCAAAUCUAUCAUGGAGGGGAGGUAACAAUGGCCAGUUUCAGCAGCAAGGAAACCGAUUUCAGGGUAAUCAAACUAAUGGGCAGCAAGGUUUUCAACCACAAGGUAUGCCAUCUCAGAAUUUUCAACAGCAACAUCAAGCCUCAUCAUCUAACUCAAGCCUGGAAGACAUGAUGAGAGAGUUUAUACAGAAGCAAGACAAGCGUAAUGAAGAUCAAAAUAGGAUAAAUGCUCAAACAUCUCAAGAACUAGUAGAUAUUCGAACCACUUUGAGUCAACUUGCUGUAAGUUUAUCUCACGAGAAAGGAAAAUUCCCAGCUCAACCACAGAAAAAUCCGAGAGGAGUAAAUGAAGUUUCUGAAGUGCAAAAGGAAGAUUGCAAUGCAGUUAUCACACUCAGAAAUGGGAAAGAAUAUGAAGGGCCCAAGUUACCUGUAAGUGAAGAUAUUCCUACUAGAGAUGAACCAGCUGUGGAGAAAAAUGUUAGAAAUGAGAAAGCAUCUGAAAAAUAUGAGGAAGUCAUUGUGAGCAAAAAUAAAAUGAGUGUUUCCAAUCAUUUGCCUUUCCCUUCAGCUAUGCAGAGACACAAAGUGGGGGAUAAGACUUUAGAGAUUUUGGAAGUUUUGAAGCAAGUGAAGAUCAACAUUCGACUCCUUGAUAUGAUCAAGCAAGUUCCUGCUUAUGCAAAGUUCCUCAAAGAUUUAUGCACUGUGAAGAGAAGGAUUAAAUUAAGCAAGAAAGCAUUCCUCACCGAGCAAGUCAGUGCCAUCAUUGAGAAUAAAGCAAUGGUGAAGUACAAAGAUCCAGGUUGUCCUACCAUCUCAGUCCAGAUUGGAGAUUCAUUCGUAGAAAGGGCUUUGUUAGAUUUGGGAGCUAGUGUGAAUUUGCUUCCAUAUUCAAUCUAUAAGCAAUUGGGAUUGGGAGAGCUUAAGGCUACUACCAUUACACUCUCUUUAGCAGAUCGUUCGAUUAAAGUACCUAGAGGAGUAGUCGAAGAUGUUUUGGUGCAAGUUGAAAAGUUCUACUACCCAGUGGACUUUGUGGUGUUAGAUACAGAACCAUUGAAAAAGGGUAUGAAUUCUGUUCCAAUUAUUCUUGGGAGACCCUUCCUUGCUACAGCCAAUGCUCUCAUUAACUGUCGAAAUGGAUUGAUGCAAUUAUCUUUUGGGAACAUGACAGUGGAAAUGAAUGUCUUCAAUUUAUGCAAGCAACCAAUGGACCAUGAUGAUGUGGAAAAUGAGGAAGCAUGCCUUAUAGAGGCUUUGGUGCAAGAACACACAGAAAAGUUAAUGGAAGAAAAUAUAGAUGAAUUUUUCUCUACAAUCGUUAAGGAAGAAUGUGUUCAAGUUGCUACAGAAUGGAAAGAAAAAUAUACGAUUCAAUCUUUGAACAGUGUUGAGAAUGAUGAAGAAAGCAAAAAGGAAGAGGUUGAGAUCAGCAAACCAGAGUUAAAGCCCCUGCCACAUGGUUUAAAGUAUGUUUAUUUAGAGGCAAAUGAAGAAAAACCUGUGGUAAUUUCAGCUACAUUAACUGAAGAGCAAGAAAUGAAACUUUUGAAGGUGCUUAAAGAGAAUAAAGGAGCGAUUGGUUGGUCCAUCUCAGAUUUGAAAGGGAUAAAUCCCUUGAUUUGCACACAUCAUAUUUAUUUGGAAGAGAAUGCAAAACCAGUAAGGCAACCACAAAGAAGGCUAAAUCCCCUUAUGCAAGAUGUAGUCAGAAAUGAGGUAUUGAAGCUUUUAGAUGCAGGUAUUAUUUAUCCUAUCUCUGACAGUAGUUGGGUGAGCCCCACUCAAGUAGUACCUAAGAAAAGCGGGAUAACUGUGAUGAAGAAUGAUGAAGGAGAGCUCAUUCCUACAAGGUUGACUACAGGUUGGCGAGUAUGCAUUGAUUUUAGGAAGUUGAAUGCAGUCACCAAGAAAGAUCACUUUCCAUUACCUUUCUUAGAUCAGGUUUUGGAGAGGGUAGCUGGUCAUGACUAUUAUUGCUUCUUGGAUGGCUAUUCAGGUUAUUUUCAAAUUGCCAUUGCAUUGGAGGAUCAGGAGAAAACCACAUUCACAUGCCCAUUUGGCACUUAUGCUUAUAGGCGCAUGCCUUUUGGUCUUUGUAAUGCACCGGCCACAUUUCAAAGGUGUAUGCUUAGUAUUUUCAGUGACAUGGUAGAGAGAAUCAUGGAAGUUUUCAUGGAUGAUCUGACUGUUUAUGGGAAGACCUUUGAUGAUUGUCUCUCAAAUUUGAAAAAAGUUUUGAAAAGGUGUAUUGCGAAUGAUUUAGUCCUAAAUUGGGAAAAGUGUCACUUCAUGGCAACCUCAGGGGUAGUACUUGGUCAUAUCAUCUCUAAAGAGGGCAUUCAGGUAGAUCCAGCAAAAAUUGAGCUCAUCUCAAAGCUACCUUCGCCUACUACUGUUAAAGAGGUGAGACAAUUUUUGGGACAUGCAGGUUUUUAUAGAAGGUUUAUACAAGACUUCUCAAAAAUCGCUCAACCUCUUUGUGCUUUACUACUUAAGGAUGCAGAAUUCAUAUGGACUAAAGCAUGUCAAGAAGCUUUCAAGAGGCUAAAGUCACUCCUCACUAGUGCACCAAUUGUGAGAUCUCCCAAUUGGUCUCUCCCAUUUGAGUUGAUGUGCGAUGCUAGUGACUAUGCAGUGGGAGCUGUACUAGGUCAAAGGGAGGAUGGAAAACCAUAUGUGGUGUACUAUGCUAGUAAAACCCUCAAUGAUGCUCAAAAGAACUACACAACUACUGAAAAGGAGCUCCUUGCAGUGGUGUUCGCACUUGAUAAAUUCAGGAACUACCUUUUGGGAACUUCAAUAGUAAUUUUUACUGAUCAUUCGGCCUUGAAAUAUCUACUCAACAAAAAGGAUGCCAAAGCAAGACUUAUCAGAUGGAUUCUUCUCCUUCAAGAAUUUAACAUUCAAAUCAAGGAUAAGCAAGGGGUAGAGAAUGUGGUUGCUGAUCAUCUUUCCCGAGUUAAAGUAGAGUCACAUUUCGAGGAAGCACAAAUUAAUGAUGAGUUUCCUGAUGAUGCACUUUGUGCAGUGGAGAAGUUGCCUUGGUUCGCAAAUAUAGUCAAUUACUUGGCAACCGGAGAGCUUCCAUCAGAAUGGAACAUGGAAACAAAGAAGUAUUUUCUUUCACGGGCAAAACACUAUGCUUGGGAUGAUCCAUAUUUGUAUAAGUUUUGCCCAGAUCAAAUUAUGCGGAGAUGUGUUCCAGAGGAUGAAACGAAUGGGCAAGCUGAGCUAGCAAAUCGGGAAAUUAAGAGAAUCCUCACCAAAGUAGUCAAUACUACAAGAAAAGAUUGGUCUACCAAGUUGAGUGAUGCACUUUGGGCAUAUAGGACAGCCUAUAAGACUGUCCUUGGCAUGUCACCGUACCGAAUUGUUUAUGGUAAAGCAUGUCAUUUGCCUGUAGAACUCGAACAUCGUGCAUAUUGGGCUGUAAAGAAGAUGAACUUUGAUUCGGAUCAAGCUGGAGCUAAAAGGAAAUAUGAUUUGAAUGAACUUGAGGCAUAUCGAAAUGAGAGUUAUGAAUGCCUACGUAAUGCAAGGGAAAAACACAAAUUCUACCAUGACAAGCUUAUUUUACGAAGGGAGUUCAAGCAAGGUGAAAAGGUGUUGUUGUACGACUCCAAGCUUCACAUUUUUCCAGGAAAGCUUAGGUCAAGGUGGAAUGGCCCUUAUGUGGUAAAGGAAGUCUUCCCUUAUGGCACCGUGACCAUUCAAAAUCCGAGGACAGGUAAUGAAUUCAAAGUUAAUGGUCAGCGCCUAAAGCAUUUCAUUGAAAGAUUUGAGACACAAGAGGAGAAUCUCCAUUUUCUUGAUGGGGAUGUUCAAAAGGGUUGA